UUUCAAAAAAAAACUCAUUUCGAAAUAAUAACGACACUUUAAUGGGCGGAAAAAUGUAUGAACAUAAUGGACUUGGACGGAUGCAGCUGGCUGCGAUUUCAACGCGACUUAUCUUAAUUUUCUUGCUAAUCUUAAACGUCGAGGGCAUCCAACAAUCAGGAUGUGCCAACUUCUUCCAGUUGGCGCCUUUGCCGCUCUGUGACGGGACACCUCAAAUUCCAGGAGUGGGCUCAGGGGGGAUCAGCUCAGGUGCACCUCCGCCGGAGCCAAAGCUCAAGGCUCCAUCAAAUGAUCGGCCUCUUCCGCCUGCCCUCAAGGCUCCCGGACCAAUCGUCAAAGACGCUAAGGGAACAACGCCUUUGUUCAGUCGGUGGAGACAUAGGAGGGAUGCUAAUUUUUUUGCAGUCAAAAAGGGAGACGACUUGACCUUCAAAACUACCGAAGCCGCCUGUGGAAAAUAUGAUACGGACACCGUGUUGGGAGUUUGUCUGUGGUCGGGGAUCGAUGAAUCUGGAAAGGAUCCUAAUAAGAGUGGCUGGAUUAGCGGUUCGGCAACCACCAAUUGCAAUCGGGAAGUGUAA